GGCUUCUUUGAUGAAAGUUUUUGGAGAAGUUGAUUGUCGAUUGCCCGCAACUCCAUCCCGCAUCGUUCAACAAUUUGAACUGCCAUUGUUUUCGUGUCGAUCGACGUGUGUGUUUACGUGUGUGUAGCAGCAGGCUGGUUCCCGGAACGAGAAAGUAGCACCCCACAGAGGAAACAGUCGUUUCGGGAAAUCGCAAACAUUCGAGACCGUGACGCCGCUUCCGCUCCCAGUCCGCAACGGUACAUCCUCUUGCAACAGAGACGACGAAGGCCCUCUGCCGUGAAACAGUGUGCAGCAUUGUUUUAACGGUUUACUAGUAGCCGGACGCAGUGCUAACGGGAACCGACAAGCCCUCUAUGGUGGGAGAGGAGGUUCCCGCGAAGUGAGACGGGCGGACGGCACAGAUCAACUUCUCGAGACAGGCAGCGAUCGCGGUGUCUGCAGUCGAACAAACCGACAUUCGCACCUACGGCGAGAAAACAUCCGCUGAGUCGCGGAAUUGCAGUGAUUUGGGGCUGUCUGCCUCAGAAAAAAGCAUUCGAAUCCGACCACCGCUUAGUUUCUCCCUGCAAACAGACCGACCUCACCACCCCUCAUGGAAGCUCUCAACCGGUUCCGGUUCAGGCCGUUGGCCGUGGUGCUGUUGGUGGAAGCGUUACUUCUAAUAUUUAUUACAGAGUUUAACGGUGUUUCUGCGAUAAAAUGCUACCGUUGCACAGUGGCACCUCCGAGCCGGCAUCAGAACAACACCAAAACGCAGCUUUGUUCCAAAUUUGACGAGUCCGACUACUACACGGUUGACUGCCCCUGGUCCACGAUGUGCGUGAAGCGAAUCUUCAAGCUGCAACUUCUGAAAGCCGAGCAGGAAACGGUUAGUCGAGACUGUGCGCAGCAGAAAAACACGGAACAGGUUUAUAAAUCUGGCGCGUGGAUGCCGGAGCAUAACAUCGAGGAGCCGUACACGGAGGGCUGCCAAACGAUAGACGACUCCACGUACUGCUUCUGCCGGGGGUCUUACUGCAAUUCAGCCACGACAUCGUCCGAACUCAGUAACUAUGCAACGGACAUCAUGGGUGUUAUACUAGUAUUUAACGUAAUGAAGUACGUUAGCAAAAUCGACCACUGAGCGUACGCGUCCGGUAGAUGUGGUAAAAUCUGCCGGCGGAUGGCGAAAUUGAGUAUUGAAGAUUGAUCGACAGGUUUCAGCAACUGAUCGUAAUGUGAUAUUGAAGUGUGCUAUCCGAACGAUGCACACCAAAAGC